GGCCGGCGCGGGGGAGGGGCCGCCGCGGCUAUAAAGGCUCGGCCCGCGGCCCCGCUCCAGCCCGGGACGCACACGUGCGCUCUGCGCCGCAGCCGCCACCGCGGGAGCCCGGAGACCCGCGUGCCCCUGGCCCGGGCGGCAGUGGCGGCGGCAUGUGCGGCGCGCGACGGAGCUGACGGCGGCCGCCGGCCCCAGGUCCUUCGCAAUGCUGCGUUCGGCGCCGCCCGGCCGCUACCUGUACCCUGAAGUGAGCCCGAUGUCGGAGGACGAGGACCGAGGCAGCGAGAGCUCGGGUUCAGACGAGAAACCCUGCCGCGUGCACGCGGCGCGCUGUGGCCUCCAGGGCGCCCGGAGACGGGCCGGGGGCCGACGGGCGGGGGGCAGCGGCCUGGGGCCUGGAGGGCGGCCGGGCCGCGAGCCCCGGCAGCGGCACACGGCGAACGCGCGAGAGCGGGACCGCACCAACAGCGUGAACACGGCUUUCACCGCGCUACGCACGCUCAUCCCCACCGAGCCCGCUGACCGCAAACUCUCCAAGAUCGAGACCCUGCGCCUGGCCUCCAGCUACAUCUCGCACCUGGGCAACGUGCUGCUGGUGGGCGAGGCCUGCGGCGACGGGCAGCCCUGCCACUCGGGGCCCGCCUUCUUCCACGCAUCGCGUGCCGGCAGCCCCCCGCCCCCGCCGCCCCCACCCCCCGCCCGUGACGGCGAGAACGCCCAGCCCAAACAGAUCUGCACCUUCUGCCUCAGCAACCAGAGAAAGUUGACAGCACGCGUGAGCUCCUGGGGCCUGAACAUCUGGGAGAUUUAAUUUUACAAUUUCGGCUGUGCAGCAGCGCACUCUCCUCCCCAAACUGCUCGGGGAAGCCGGAGUGAGCGUGGAAGGGGGGUGCUUUCAGCGCACCCCGUGGGGAAGUCCGGAGGCGCAGGCUGGCGCUGGCCUCCACUUGGGCCCUGACACUGCCCUCCCCUCCGCAGAGCAAGGACCGAGACAGAAAGACGGCGAUCCGGAGUUAGAGGCGAUGUCGGGCCAUCCGCAGAGAGCCCCAGACCUGACUCAGGCACAGGCCUCGCUGAGGGCGCCCCCAGGCCCGCCCGGCCCCAGCUGCGAGUGGGGCCGAUGGACAGACAGGCGGCGGGAUGCGCGGCCACCCCAGCACUUGCCUGGCCCCACUGGAGCUUUCCGUGCGGGCUCGCUACCUGGUUCUCCUCUGGCUACUAUGUGCUAGCAUUCUGUGUCUUUGAUAUGAUAAUAUAAAGUCUGGAAAUUUUGUAUAAUUAAAAACAAAACAGUAUCUUCCAAA